AUGGAUGAAUUAAUACUUGAACAAGAAGUGAACAUCAGCGCCGUUGAAAGAGCGUUAGUCAACUUCCGAAAACGUUCUGAAGAUCAAAUUACUUUGGAACUAGUAGAAGGUCGACGCCAAUAUCUGUUGACGGCAUGGAAUGCUUGUCAGCGAGUGGAUUUGAAGAUCAUCAAAGCAGCCCAUGGUUCAGAUAAGUCGUUAAUUCCUUACUUUUUUAAUGAUAUUUUUGUUCAAGCAGAGGAUGUUUAUUUGAAUACAUUAGAUACUUUUAAUGAGUUAAUUGGAAAGCUUAAAAAAGAACAAUUGAUUUUAUAUAGAAAUAGUACAAGUUCCAAUAGCAGCCUUGAUUCUUCAAAAAUUGCUAAAUUACCGCGAAUAGAAUUACCCAAAUUUUCUGGCGACUAUUUAGAAUGGCAAAAUUUCAAAGACUUAUUUCAGUCUAUUGUUGCAUCAGACCCCAACUUACCUGAUGUGCAAAAAAUGCACUAUUUGAAAUCAAGCUUAUUAAGCGAACCAGCACAACUAAUAAAACAUUUAGGUACUACUCCUGAAAAUUAUCAAAGCGCUUGGAGUAUUCUUACAAAACGGUAUGAAAAUUCCAGAGCAAUUAUAAAUUCAUAUUUGAAUAAUUUUAUGUCACUCCCUGCUAUAAUGAACGAAACAGUUAAAGACUUAAAAAAUCUACGAGAUAAAACGUCUGAAGCUGUACAAGCACUAAAAUCUUUGGGUCGAAAUAUUGAUAGUGAUCUAUUAGUCUUUGUCGUUUCGCGAAAAAUGGGAAAAUUUUCCUUAAUUGAAUGGGAAAAAGUUCUUGGUGAUAAAAAUGAAUACCCUUCAUAUGAAGAACUUGAUUGUUUUUUAGCAACCCGUAUCCGAACUCUAGAAGCAUUGCAAAAUGCGAAAGAUAAUUUAAAAUCUACAAAGUCUACUCAAAACCAAGCAAGUACAGCUUCAACGUUUUCUAUGAAUGCUAUAAAUGUUAAAUGUAUUCUGUGUAAUGACAGUAAUCAAAAAUUUAAUCAAGCAUCUAAAAACGAAGCCGAUAAGAAACUUGAAAUACCCAAAAAAGUAGAAAAAGUUUCACAAGAUCAAAGAGUAUUAAAUCAAAAAGAAUCUAAUAGUACCCCAAAAAACGACACUGUUUCUUUGAACCAUAUACGCGGUAAAACAGUACUUUUAGCAACUGCAAAAAUCUGUGUUGUUGGUAAAAACGGUGAAAGAAUAGAGAUUAGAGCUCUAUUAGAUCAAGGAUCCGAGGUAACAUUUAUAACUGAAAGAGUUGUUCAAAUGCUUCGGGUUAAAAAAGAACCAGCUAUGAUCCGUGUAACUGGAAUCGAUAAUGCUUUUCUCGGAACUGCAAAAUCACUCGUUAACGUUAUUAUCACACCAACACAAAAUUUCGAAAAGAAAAUUCCCAUAUCUGCGUUAGUACUCCCUAAACUCAAUAAUCAUAUUGUAUCAAAAGCAGAUUAUCUUAGUGAUUGGGAACAUCUUCGCGACCUAGAUUUAGCUGACCCAACACCAUUUGAUAAUAAAGAAUUCGAUAUGAUAAUUGGAGCGGAUUAUUACGGUUCAUUAUUAUUACCAGGUCUUAUUAAAGGUCCUGUUCGAUCACCAACAGCACAAGCUACGGUAUUUGGUUGGAUUAUUUCGGGUCCCUUAAACUCACUCAAUAAUGUAUCCCCAACUAGUAAAGUCGUUCAUCAUUGUGUAGGGCUUUCAGAUAUUCAUAAUGAUCUGCAGAAAUUUUGGGAAAUUGAAGAAUUUCCACAAAAAAGUAAUCUUACAGACGAUGAAACAAAAUGUGAAGAGCAUUUUGUUAAUACACAUUCUCGAAAUGAAGAAGGAAAUUAUGUUGUUCGUUACCCUUUUAAAAAUGAUCCUCCUGAACGUUUAGGAGAUUCUCUUCAAAAUGCCAAACGUUUACUCUUACAAACAGAACGCCGUGUACAAAACAAUCCCGAGUUAAAACAAGAUUACUAUGAUUUUCUCAAUGAAUAUAAAGAUUUAAAACAUGUGAUUGAAAUUGAUUAUAAUGACGAACAAAAUUCUAAUUUUGAAAUAGAAAAUUAUUUACCAUAUCAUAUAGUCAUACGUGUGAGUAGUUCCUCCACUCCACUACGCAUAGUAUUUAAUGCUUCCUUUCCAACAUUAACAGGAGUAUCUUUAAAUGAUUUACUACUUCCUGGUCCCAAGUUACACGCCGACAUCCCAUCUAUAAUAAUACGCUGGCGAAAUUAUCGUUUUGUUAUGACUGCGGAUAUUAGUAAAAUGUUUCGUCGAAUUCAAAUUGAUAAAAGAGAUGUUAAUUUCCAACGAAUUAUUUGUAGACUUAACGAAACAGAGGAAAUUAAACAUUUUCAAUUGUUAACACUCACUUAUGGUGUCUCGUCAUCUCCUUUCUUAGCAAAUAGAGUAAUAAAACAAUUAGCUAAUGACGAAGGAGAUAAUUUUCCAAAAGCAAAACAAAUAUUAUUAAAUGAUAUCUACGUUGACGAUGGGCUUUUCGGAGCAGAUGAUUUAGAAACUGCCUUGCAAAUUAAAAACGAAUUUAUUCAACUUCUUGCCAAAGGUGGCUUCCCGGUUCACAAAAUUUCAUCUAAUUCGCCCCUCUUGAGUGAUUCUAAGCUUUCUAAAUAUAGCGAACGAUUGAUACUAAAUGAUACUAAUUCAAAAGCAGUUCUAGGACUCUAUUGGGAUCCAGAAUAUGAUGUAUUUAGAAUUUCUAUGUCCCCAGUAGUUAACGUCAAUUUUACUAAGAGAAAUGUUCUUUCUGUUAUCGCUAAACAGUUUGAUCCUUUAGGUUGGAUUUCUCCAAUUUUGAUAAUAGCUAAAAUUAUAAUUCAAGACCUUUGGAUAAGACAUUUAGAUUGGGACGAAACUCUCCCUGAUGAUUUAAGUGUAAGAUGGAAAUCCUAUUGCCAUGAACUUAAUAACGUUCAAAAAAUAACCAUCCCACGAUGGACAGGAUUAACUUCUCAUGAUGUAAUAGAGAUACACGGUUUUGCUGACGCAUCUUCGCGAGCUUAUGCCGCCGUAGUAUAUUUGCGUAUACAAAACGUAUCAAAAAAGAUAAAUGUGUCACUAUUACUAGGAAAAACAAAAGUAGCUCCUUUAAAAACAUUAACUAUCCCCCGAUUAGAAUUAUGUGCGGCAGUCCUAUUAGCUAAAUUAUUAAAAAAGAUCGUAAAUGAUUUACAAUUAGACGACGUUCCUGUAUAUGGGUGGUCAGAUUCUACCAUUGUUCUGGCAUGGCUAUCCAAACAUCCUUCAACAUGGCGUACUUUUAUUGCCAAUAGAGUUGAAACAAUACAAUCUCUUAUCCCAACUGCAUCUUGGAAACAUGUCCCGACUGCUGAUAAUCCGGCAGAUUGUGCUACCAGGGGUAUCUACCCAUUGAAAUUAUUAAAUCACGAAUUAUGGUGGUCCGGUCCUAAGUGGUUAAGUGACUCUCCUACGACGUGGCCUACUCUACCUGAUUUAAAUUAUAACUGCGAUGUUAAAACUACUGCUACCAAAAUUCACAUGGCUACAACUGAUCAAUCUUACGAUUUUGUGAAUAAACUUUCAAAUAGAUAUAGCAGUUGGCCUAAACUUUUGAGAAUUACUGCCCUCGUUUUCAAGUUUAUCAAUAAAUGCAAAACAAAAUUACAGUCCACUAAUUCAGAAACCUUAAAAUCUGAUCCUAAAGUUUCGAAAGACAUGUCUGCAUUUAAUAUCAACUGGGACUUUAUUCCUCCAUACUCGCCACAUUUUGGGGGUAUUUGGGAAGCAGGUAUUAAAAGCACAAAGAAACACCUUAAUCGCAUAAUGGGACCACACACAUUAACUUUUGAAGAAUUAACCACAUUACUAUGUCAAAUAGAAUCCUGUCUAAACUCACGACCUAUUGCUGCAUUUUCAAACGAAGUUGACGAUUAUUCGUAUUUAUCUCCAGGGCAUUUUUUGAUAGGAAAACCCUUACUAGCUAUGCCUGAAAAAUCUUUACCUUCCAGUCAACACAGUCUUUUAACACGUUGGCAAUUAGUUCAACAAAAGACUGAGCAAUUUUGGAAACAAUGGAGUUUAGAGUACCAACAAGAUCUUCAAAAGCGUUAUAAAUGGACGAAGUCAAAUCCAAACAUCAAAAUUGGUGACUUAGUUCUGAUAAGAGACAUUAAUCUUCCAAAAUCAAAUUGGCAAAUGGGUCGCGUUCUUAAAAUUCACCCAGGAAAGGACGG